GUUUGGAUAACCUAGAAAUUGUAAACUAGGUUUAGAUAGUAUCUGUUAUCUUACUAGUUCUUAGUAUUUCAAGUUCAAGUGCCUGAGGGAUAAAUUUGUCGUAAUAGAUUGAUCAUUAUGAAAAAUGACAGUGAAACAAUGGCUAAACUUUCAUCAUCACCCAAAUUUGCCAAGACAGCCCGAGAGUGGAUCCUUGCUUCGGCAUUAUACGACGGAAUCGAAGACGAGGAUAUUAGACAAAUUGAGAUGCUAGUCUCGGAGAGAGGUGCCAACCCAAAUGUUCUACUACCCGAGUACGGGAUCUCUCCGUUUCACCUAGUGGUGGCUAAUGAGAGCACGACAUUUGCUGUAAGAGCCACGGACCUUUGCCUUCAACAUGGUGCGGACCCUAAUGUCAGAUCAGAAGACGGGUUGACGCCAGUCCAUCUGGCAGCUAUGUGGGGAUGUGUGGAAGUGUUACAUCUGCUAUUGGCUAGCGGAGGCAACCCUUGGCUAGUGGACGACCUCGGACUAAACGCCUUCCACUACGCAAUACAAGAGAAACAACACAAGUGCUACCAACUGCUCAAAACUCUGUGUAACUCUCAGCCUAAACAGUCCGGAUGUCAAAAGUCACCGUACCAUUUGAAUCUCAAGCGAGUAAUUCUCUACAAGAAUGAUCUACAGAUUGUGUACGAAGCUUCACCUUCAAGCGCUCAGAAAUCUACGUCAACUCAGACCUCACCUAAUGCUCCAAGACAGGCUUCAAUUGAGGGAACCACAAAUGGUCUGAAAAAAAAGAACUGCUCUUCCAAAACAGAGCUCGUUGAAAAGGAUGGAAAUUUCCAACAUCAUGAUUCACCUGUCACCUCAAAGCUCAAAUCAAUAAUUGAAACUCACAGAAGAAACUCAACACUUUUUGAAUAUUCACCUUCCAAUGAGAGAAAAAGCAGUUUGAGCAGCGGAGUGGACUCAUGGAAGUGUACGGAUCAAAGUGACGCAGUCAUGACCUGUUAUUCUGAACUGGUCAGUAAAUUGAACGAAUUCAACAGAAUAAGACAAUCACUAAAAGAGAGUGAUGGUAAUGACUUGUUAAAAAAAAUAACCCAACGUAAAGUUCCAUGUGCAACUCCUAAACCUUAUACAGCUCCACCUCGGACUUCUAACUCCACUUGCGACUCAUCUUUCUGUGACAAAUCCAACCAGUACGAUGUGCCCAAAAAUGAAAUAGCUUUUGUACAGGAUAGUACGAAAGCAAACUCUACUUUGGAUGAUGGAAAUUCUCAGUUAAACGAGUCUUCUCCUAGUAUAGGAUUCAUACUAGACAACUUAAGUGAUUUGUGCAAUCAAGACAACAGUUUGUUUUCUGACAUUGCUUCCGACAUUGACGCAUUCACAACUCCAGUACAAAAUGAUGUAGAGAACAUGACGGAAGAUGAAGUGAUUGUUAUAAGUUCAACUGAGAAUACUUUAAAUGACUCGGUUUACCCUUUUGUAUCCUGUGAAAACACGGCGGCAAGAGAAUCAAACGAAGAGUUUGUUACUUGUAGAAACUCAGAGUCUUUUUUAGAGGGAAUCAAAAACAAACAGGAACCACCAGCAAUUGUGGAUGCCUUAAACAAUUAUUUUGAAAAAAAUCCGAGAUCUUCAACAAAUUCAGAAGUGUUUAAAACAAGCACACCCGAAAAACCAGCUCGUGGAAGUAAAGAAAACACCUUCCUAUCAGUGUUGGAUGAUCCGAACACUGGUGGUGGAAAGUGUGACGGAGCCGUGGCUAGGAAGCUAUCCUGGGUGGAGGCUCAAGUUGUCUCUUCCGAUGAGGAACCUUACAUCAGUAUAUCUGAGGAGUACGAGUACACUGACUUAGACGAGGGAGUUGUUCUUAUAGAGAAACGCUACUUGACGAAAGACAUCAGUAUGUCAGCUUCAGGACCUGAUGGUAAAGGUGCAAGAGAAAGCUCUAGUAGUGAGUGUGAAUCGGUGUCAACACUGUCAGGGUCGGAAGGAGCGUACGAGACGGAUGACUUGCGGCGAGCCCUCGUGCAGCACGGGUUUGUCCCUGGACCAAUCACAGGCAACACAAAGCGUGUGUAUCUGCGAAAGCUCAAGCGUUGUCGACGCAAGCCUCAGUCACAACCUUCACCUGACUCUAGUCUACCAGCGUUCAGCACUGAGCUGCUCAAGACAUUGGCUCAGCCGUGCGAACACUUGCUGGCUGAGUGGUCUCACCUCGAGGACUCCAUGACUGCCUCCUUCACCUGUGCUCGACGUCCGUGGCGUGAAGGUCAAGCAAAGACAUCAUUCACCUACCUACUACUAGAUCCUCGGGUCUCACACAACCUGCCUGCGCGUGCGGCCACUGACCCUACCCUCACACACACACUCUGGGGAGAGUUCCUGCGUAGCGUGUUCUACGUGGGGAAGGGGAAGAGAUCUCGUCCAUACUCUCAUCUGUACCAAGCGGUGGCUGCAUGGCAGCAGAAGGAGUACAAGGGCUCUUGUAAAAAGAUUCAACGAAUCUUAGACAUUUGGAGGUCCGGAGAUGGUGUGAUCUGUCUUCAUAUUUUCUUGAACGUAAUUCCUGUAGAGGCCUUCACUCGUGAAGCUGCUAUGAUCUGUGCCCUGACGCUCCCACAGCUCACCAACGAACAGGUUGGGAAGUUCUACGGUUCAGCCGCAAGUUGGAAUGAGAGACUCAAACGUCGGCUUGGCUGUGUUUUGUUGCAUCGAGCGUUUAAAGUUUUCUUGGCGGAAGGCGAGAGACAACUUCGACCAGCUGAUAUAGACUAAGACUUUAUUAGAACCUAAGGCAUUCAUCUUUUACUACCAUUAGUUUUUACAGUAAAAUAAGAAGAAGUUAUCUAAAAAAAUGUGAACAGCCAUGAUGUUUUUGCAAAUUGGAAAUAUAGAGAAGCUUACAAUUUUUAGAGGUGAAACAAACUACACCUACACAUUCAUAAAAACGUUUUAGGAAUAUGAAUGGUGACACCAUGAGUAAUAUUACCUAAUUCUUCGUCUGGUUUUCCUAACUAUGAAACAUUAUACUAGUUUCUAUACUUUUUUGGAUAAUUUUAGUUGAAAUAUGCAAUUUGAUGGGUGCAUUUUCAGUUUUGGUUCCCAUCGGUUUUGUGUAAAAUAAAGUGGUCUCCACCCAGAAACAGUUAAUUACAUUAUCAAACCUUGACAAAAUUGAAAUAUUUGUAAAGCUUUUCUACUUACGACACCUAUUAAAAAUUAAGGGUUUUUAUAGUAACUAGUAAACAUAAAAUUGUAGCCCUAUAGCGUUUAAUAGAUGUCAAACAUUCUAGUGAAUAAUUAUAGUCAAAAGAUUUAAUCUCCGCUCAGUAUUAUGUUGAACUAUUGAAUAGUUUUUAAGACUGAUAUCAAACUAUGAAAAUAGUUUAACUGUCUCUUAGUUUAAAGUUAGGAUUUUUUCGUGCUAACACGUCAUGGAUGCCAUACAGAAAGUUAACGAUGAAAAUUGAGGUUAAUUUGUUAAGCUAGAGGAAUUAAUUAAAGGUUCUUAGUUCUCUAGUUGCAUUUUAAAAGAAAUUGCUAAGUUCUUUCCUCUUUAGUUUUCUUCCUUUAUGGUCUUGACUCUCUAUAGUUUACUAUAUACGUUUGAACUAAGAGUACAGUAACUGUUAUUUGCCCAUUCAUUACCUUUGAUAGCUACUUAAAUGCUAUAGAUAUAUUUAUAUAUAA